GAUCCUGCUCCUGUAGUGUCCGGUUUGGGGCUUUUUGAAAAAGUGAAAAAAAAAAAACAUCUUUGGUCGUUUCGAAUUUUUGUGUUGAGUUUGCCGUCUUUGUUUGUGCGAUUUUUUUUUUUGACAGAAGAAUUUUUUUAAUGAUGACUUACGGGGGUGGGUUUUGGGCUACCGUUGAGCUUCUGGUAGCCCUUGGUGGUAAAAGUGAUCCUGGCGUUGAACCGUUUAAAGAAGAUAUUGAGGAUUGGUUGGAGGCUGUUUCUAACAAAGUGAAACUUCAGCUUGAGAGGGAGAAGAUUAGAGAGAAUGCUAAGCUUGUUGGAUGCAAAGCUCGGAAGGAGUCAAUGGAUUAUAGAAAUAAUUUGAAUUGCAGCUUGAGUUAUCCUCCGGUAAGGACAAGACUAGAGAUGCUUAUGGGAAGCAACGUCGUACGACUUACCGACCGAAAGUACAUGCUCAAACUGAUGUCCAGAAUUCGUCAAGAUUAUGAAAGCCAGCAAAAGAUUCGUAUUGAGGAACGUAAGAAAAAUGAAUUGACGAGAACAAAAAAGAUGAUACUCAAUAGACUGAUCCCGGUGCAGGAAGCUCCAAUGGAAUUGCGAAAGUAUCCAUUGUUUCAGCUUUAUCUCUACUGCGACGCAAUAAUCGAGGAGAAACGCAAAAGACGUAUACCUAAGAAAGCUCGGAUGACCGAAUCUCUCUAUAGACUUUUGUAUCCGGAUGAAAAGAACGACGAAGAGGUUAACGAGGAUGACGAGGAAGAGAUAUACAUGAAAACUGUUUAUAUAAACGGUUCACCAGAAUUGGUACCCAUGAGUCCGCAGGAAAUAAGCGACCUUAAGAGAGAGCAGGAAGCUGUGAAGGAUAUCGAGGACGGUUACAUGCUGACCCAAGAGGAAUACGAUCGUCUUCACUACGAAACCGAAGCCGUUAAAGAGCUUCGCGAGACUCAGACGGUCGAGGAAAUGUACGCCAAGGCUUAUGAGAUCGUGGGUAUUCUUUACUCUUAUGUGGACGAAGGUCGAUACAAGAAAGCUGCAGAAGAGAAGAAUGCAGGUGAUAAGAAUACGGAAGAAGGACCGGUCGAUACGUCAGCGACGAUUGGGGAAUCUGAGAAGAGACCGGAAACGGAUGUCUGAUAAGACAAAGACCACUGGGUGACAAAUACUAUAUCCAUGAAAAUGUAGAUUUGAUCUUUCUUUUUUUACUGAUACGUGGUUUUAAUCGAUCGAUCUUCAUUAUGGUAAUCAAUCGAUAAGGGAAGUAGAAUUAGAAUAUUAUGUUAUGUCUAAACAGUUACGAAUGUUUGAGGAAAAAAAAAUUAUGUUUAUAGGUUAUUAUGCGUUUGUAUAGUGAAAUUAUGUUAAUUUAAUGUAAAAUGAGUAUUUGAUUGUUUAUUGAAAACACGUCUACCUGUACCUACUUUAUAUGCGUUUAUAGAGAUAACAAUAAAAUAUAACGUGUGUCCAUA